CGCCAUCAUGCGCAUGCGUUUUGAACUUCCCAUCAUUCUUGGUGGAGGCGCACGUGGAAAACGCGGGGUGACGGUAUGGCAGAAUCGAACGGUUUGGGGUUUCAUUUGGACCGAACACAGGUCACAAAGGCGGUGAAGGCCCUUUUUGCCUACUUGAAGAGUGUUUCAGCAUCGAAGGCUAAGCUCUUAGAGGAACAGCAGGUCAUCUCUCUUAUCAUCACUCUUUGGAAGAUCCCACCCAAUGAGCAAUCCAUCAAAAUUCACUUGCCCCAUACAAUCCACACGGGUUCAACAGAAGUGUGUCUGUUCACCAGAGAUGAGCCUGAUAUGUCUGCCGAGAAGACGGAAGCAUUCUACAAGAAGCUACUGGCAGAUAAGAACAUCCGCUAUGUAUCAGAAGUUAUUUCCUACAAGACUUUAAAAAAAGAAUACAAGCCAUUUGAGGCCAAACGUCGGCUGCUGAGUAAUUUCGACCUGUUUCUCGCCGAUGCCAGGAUUUAUCGACUUCUUCCAACUCAGAUUGGGAAGCAUUUCUAUAAGAGCAAGAAAGUGCCCAUCUCUGUGAACCUGAAACCAGCGUUUCUAGAGAAUGAGAUAAACAAGGUGAUGAAGACGACUGUCCUCACUGUCACCAACAAAGGAUGUUGUUGUAACGUCAAGGUGGCCCAUUCUAGGAUGACGAUUGAACAGGUGGUAGAGAAUAUCUGUGUGGUAGUUGGUGUCAUUGCUGCAAAGCUUUACAAAAAAGCAACAAAUAUAAAAAUCAUCCAUUUAAAGAGCAGCUCCUCGAUAGCUCUGCCUGUCUACACAUCACCUCUUCACCACCUGGAUGAUCUGGACAGUGAGAUAUUGAAACAGCGGAAAGAAAGAAAGGAAGCAGACAAGGCCAAGAAAACUGCAGAGACGUUGGCGAAGAAGGACGAAGAGCUAAUUCCGGAGCUACUUCCAUUAGACACAAGUAAGGGCAAAUCUGAGUGGACCUCAGAAAACAAGCAACAAGAAACUCCCUGUGGACCUGCUAAGAAGUCACCCAGAAGUGAUCCCAAAAUCAAAGAAAAAACUCCACUGGCCAAAAAGGCGAGGCUGACUUCUAACAGUGCACUGAAUUCCCCCAAAACCCCCAGGUGGGCUGAAGUUGUGACCUCCCUAAAGGAGACAAAAAAUCCAAAGACACCAAAACGGGAGGCUAAGCCAAAAACAGAAUCGGGGAAGCCGAAAAGGGGAGCACCAGCUGGCACAAAUGUGACCACGUCAGCAAAAAAGGCUCCAAAAACACCCAAGCGGAAAGUGCAGGAGCUCGUCGUCCCCCAGACUUGCUGAUCCCCUUACACGUUGGGCCGAAGCAAAAUUCUGUGAAGACCGGCCGGCGUGUAAUAUGGAGGUUGGACUUUGUACAAGAAAGCAGCACAGCCAGUGUGUGCGUUGCUUGUUUGCCUUAUAGAAGGUCUUUUUUGGCCUUUCUAGCAAUAUAAAUAAAUGUAUAUUAAAAUUGAAA